AAUUAACAAAAACAUGUUUAAUAGUUUUAGUUAAUGAUAACAACCCUGAACAUUAGGAUGUAUUUUAACAAAUAUAAAAGCAGAUAUUAUGAACUGAUAAAACAGCAUCUGGCACAUGGAGAAUGUAAAGCCUCAUCAUUCACAUUGAGAGGUUGACGGACGAGUAAUAAUCAUAUCAGCCAAACCCCUUUAUGUGUCAUGGAGGUCCUGCAGUAAUCUCAUUAGUAAAGCGGUUACAUAACGUCUGAUCCUACGUUGUAGUCAGAGAUCAGCCUCAUUAAGAUCACUGACGAUCAUGUCUAAAAGGUUUUCUUCUGACCUCCUGUAUGACUGUAUCCCACCAGAUCAAACAUGACAAUAUCUCCCACGAGUGUUUCAAAAGAAUCAGUGGUGCACAUGUUUGCUGGUCAUUCACCCUCCUUUGCUUUCGGCUCUUGGCUUUUGUUCUUCACAGGCAUCGUCUAGGACAGCGGGGGGGAUUAAGGUAACUCUAAAUAAAGCUGGCAGAUUAGGAAACAUGAUACUAGCAUGUUCUCUUUAACUCUGACAGAGUCCUGGACGGAGAGAGCUGAAGACUUCCCUGGAGACAGGAAGACUAUCCAGGAGAAACCACAUCAAGGCUUUUUAUUCAUGCAGUUACAGAACAGGACAGAUAAAUUGAAUGCCAGGCAUAUGUGACCUUAACAAGAACCUAACUUUUUUAUUUAUAAAAGAAGCUAAAUAUUAUCGUUCAUUCUUUGGAACAUAAAACUUAAAAGAUAUGAACGUGUGGACAUAUUCGUUGACUUCUAAUCUUAUAAAAAAGAAAAGCAGCCAUGCAUUGGCUUACUACAAGAGCACAGCGGUAAGAUCAUUUAAUUUACAUAUGAUAAUGUUAUGUAUAUAUUUCGCAUCAAAGUUCAGUCAACAUGCUUGUUAACUUUUACAAUAAACAGACAGUUUUAAUGAUUAAUAAUUGUAAAUAAAAACUGUUUAUUUAUGAGAUUAGUGUCCAUACGGGUUGUUGCUUAAUAAGAUUUGAAAUGGUUAGAUGACCCAAAUAUGUCAAGUUGUUCCAACCUUGAAUGAGUUUUCUUCUACUGUUAAACACAAAUGCCAGUAGCCAUAGCCUUCCAUUAAAACUGAUGUUGAUGACAGAACUAUUCCUUAUUAUGGAGUUGUUUCUCAAUCAAGAACAAGAAUAUAAGAUAUUUUCACUUUUGUCAUGCAAUGCAUAUGCUUUAAAUUAAUUGAUGUACAUAUGAAUAUUGCAAUAUUGUAAAUAUUAUUUAUCUUUGUUGUUCAGCCUUAAGCAGUUGAAAAAUGCCUGCAAAGGCAAGUCAGGUGUUGCCACAGGUGCAUCGGCACAACAUUUACACUGUGACAGACAGCUCGGAAUGUGGGUCAGAGACGGAAGAGGAUGGAGACCCUUCCAAGCACCCGACACCCCUGGAGAAGUUAACGCUGGAAAUGUGCAAUGACGAAGAUACCAUAAAAGAACUGACGGUGGGCAGAAGGGUGGGAUUCUAUAAAGUCCGUGGUCAGAUCGGCUGUGGCAACUUUUCGAAGGUCAAACUGGCCAUCCAUGCACUCACCAAAGACAAGGUGGCCAUUAAGAUCAUGGAUAAGAUGAGGCUCGAUCUGCAGACUCAGCGGAUGCUGUCCCGAGAGAUCUCCAACAUGGAGAGCUUGUAUCAUCCAAACUUACUGCAACUCUAUGAGGUGUUAGAGACGCCAAGUCGGUUGUACCUGGUUCUGGAGUUUGCUGGAGGAGGAGACCUCCACACCAGAAUCAGCACAGGAGGAAAACUUUCUGACCAAGAGAGCAAGAUUGUAUUCGCCCAAAUCCUGUCAGCAGUCAAAUACAUGCAUGAGAACAACAUCAUCCAUCGAGAUCUGAAGGCAGAAAAUGUUCUUUAUACAACCAAUUCCUGCAUAAAAGUGGCUGAUUUUGGCUUCAGCAAGAGGGUCAACAAUCGCAACCAAGCCCUAGACACCUUUUGUGGUUCUCCUCCUUAUGCAGCUCCAGAACUCUUCAAAGAUGAGUCUUACAUCGGGCCACCUGUGGAUGUGUGGGCAAUGGGCAUCCUACUUUUUUUCAUGGUGACUGGCACAUUGCCUUUCCGCGCUGAGACUGUGGCUAAGUUGCGCCAAAGUGUGCUGGAGGGUGCCUACGUCCUGCCAACCUGGGUAUCAGCGCCAUGUCAGAGGCUGAUCCGGGGCAUCUUGAAGCCAGAGCCUUUGGAGCGAUGUGCACUGGACCAGAUGCUGGGCUGCGAGUGGCUGCUGCCGGUGGAACUCUUCCGACCUAUUCCUCCCUUAUACCAGCUCAACCCCGUCCAUCUAAUAGAGGCCAGCCCAGCGGAGUUAGACAGAGACCUGAAAGAGGUAAAAGGUAUCCUGGAAAAACUGGGAGUCACUCAGGAACAUAUUCUCAAUAACCAAGGAAAGCGCAUCCGCAGUCCUUUUACAGGGGUUUACCGCAUACUACUGCACAGAGUUAAAAGAAACAAUGGAGCUGAGUCUGUGCCUAUAAUCAGUGGAGUCGUCAAAGAUCCUAAAAGAGACAGUCUCCGUGCCUAUAGGAACCUACGGCACUCCUCGAAAUUGUGUGUGCUCUCUUAAAGGCUAAGUUCAUCCCUUUUAUUCAGUCUUUUUAUCCAUACUACAAUGAAAGUCAAUAGGGUCCAAAACAAUACCGGAGCCCAUUGACUUUAAUUGUAUAUGUUCAAAAUGGAAUUUCAAAAUAUCUUCUUAUUGUGUUUCACAGAAUAGAGAAGGUACAUAUUUUGGACAGGAAGAGGGUUAAUACGUGAAGAAAGUUUUCAUAUCUGGGCAAAUAAACCAUGUAAUCAGCCUAAUACUGUUGGAGUUGUGGCAUUUUAUUAUUAAUAGACCAAAUCAAUGAGAAACUAUGUUAAUUCUUAUUAAAUUAAACAGUACUUUUAAAAAAGUUUCCUUUCAGUAACUACUUGCAUAAAUUUUAACUUAAUUGUCAGUGGCUUAACUUAUAAUAUUUAUG